AUGGCUAGAAAAGCAAAAAAAUCUCAUUCUGCAAAGUCCGAGCAACCUGUGGAACCUGUCGGAACCGACGCCGAAUCUCCUGUUGAGCAACUCCCAACGGAACUGCUACGCGAAAUCUUUUACUGGUGUCGGAACACGUCCGAUUGCGUGAAGGUUCAAGGGAAUCUAUGUUUGGUUUCUCGACGCUUCAAAAAGGUUGCCCAACCUAUGCAACUGGCCACCAUAUCCCUUGGUAGCUUCAGUCAUACGCAAAGGAACAAAGCCUCACAACUGAAAGCUCUUGCGGCUGGUGGUUCCUCGGCCAGUAGACUUGCGCAAGCCAUAGUAAUCGACUACUCCGACGACCCUGAAUACGACCCAACGAACGUGCUAAGCCAGUUAGAGCGGGCUAUGCUCAAAAAUCUUACGGCGGCAAUCCGGUCGUUCGAAAGGGUUUCGAGGGUGAUCUGGAGCUUUGGUCUUAAAUACCCAAUAUGGAUGCCCGAACUUGUAUUGGAGGGGCUGAAGAGCUUGCCCUUGACCGACCUAACUAUCCACUUUCCCGAUUAUUCCUGGCCUAACUUUGAGCUGCCAUCGCUGUCGAAUCUUCACCGUUUCUCUAUACGAUUGCAUUCCUUCCCCACACAGCCCCAACCUCUCAUAGAAAGCUCAUUGUCGAAAUUUAUUCGCCAAUACACGCAAUUAUCUGGUCUCGAGGUCGACAUGCGCUUACCGUCGCUAGCCCAUGUUCUACCUGUCGUCGAUGCCAACACGUCACCCCUACCGCUGAAGCACCUUUCACUGAACAAUGUGUCCGUAACAUCAGACAGCCUGACUUCCUCGCUUGCUCACCUACGCAAGUUGGUGUCUUUCUGCAUCUACAACGCUGAAUGCGAACACCAUUUUCUUAAACCGGCGCUAGACGGGUCUUUGACCGGCAGGAACCUAUGGACGGUUUUCUCUGAUGCCGGUAUUCGUCUCAGCAAUAUCCUCACUGACACUUCGCGGGAUGCGUCUUUUCUUGCCUACCUCCAAAAGACCCAAGACGUGAAUAGCCUGACGAUAUCCUUUUUACGCAGUGAUUCAAUCUGUUGUCUAGUGGAGCUCACCAUUGUUCCCCGGGACCCGGGCCCGCAGAGCUGCCCAUUCGAAGAACGCGUUGUUCUCGUCUUAUCUCAACUCAAGCACCUGCGUCGAUUGACUCUGACUGUCGACAUGGGAAAACUUGUCCGCAUCCCUCUUUCCUACGGGGCCGAAACCCAGAUGGAAGAAUCUCUCAAACCGAUCUUGCUGAUGUGCGACAAACUGCCGGCUCUCGAGGAACUCUCCCUCGAGCUUUACAACGACUACGUGCAAGGCUCCCUUUUGGAGACGUCUCAGAAGCUCGGAGGAUAUGAUUUCUACAGGGAUGUACUAGGAAGUCCGAAAUACAUCGUUGCGCCGAUGGUGGAUCAGAGUGAGUUGGCGUGGAGGAGAUUGUCUAGAAGAUACGGUGCUCAGCUCAUCUACACCCCAAUGAUCAAUGCAAAGAUAUUCGUCGACUCGACGAAUAAGGCCUACCGACAGGCCAACUUUGACAUGAUCAAUGGUGAGGAGGGAGACCCGAAGACAGACCGGCCUCUCAUCGUGCAGUUUUGCGCCAACGACCCUGAGCAGCUCCUCGCCUCUGCUCUAGCAGUGCAAGACCACUGUGACGCUGUCGAUUUGAACCUGGGAUGUCCGCAGGAGAUAGCACGGAAGGGGCGCUACGGGUCGUUCCUGCAGGAUGAGUGGGAGCUAAUAUACAAGCUCAUCAACACCCUCCAUGUCAAUCUCUCUAUCCCCGUCACGGCCAAGUUCCGCGUGUUCCCAACCAUCGAAAAGACAGUAGAGUACGCGAAGAUGCUCGAGCGAGCAGGAGCUCAGAUUCUCACCUGUCACGGCCGGCUACGCGAGCAACGCGGACAGAAUAGCGGCCUGGCCGACUGGGUGAAGAUACGUGCUGUCAAGAAAGCCGUCUCCGUGCCAGUGUUCGCCAACGGGAACAUCUUAUACCAGGAGGACAUCCAGCGGUGUUUAGACGAGACGGGGUGCGACGGGGUCAUGAGCGCCGAAGGGCAACUGUACAACCCCGCCUUGUUCGCUGGGAUCGGACGGCCGUUGGAGCCAGGGGUGUAUGCCAUGGACGAGGAGAUCCUGAGGCGACAGCCUCGGCAUGCGGACCUGGCCCUGGAGUAUCUGGAGAUCGCGAAGGAGCUGAAGACUGCGACGAGCGUGAGCGCGAUCAAGGGGCACCUAUUCAAGAUAAUGCGCCCUGCUCUGGGGAGAGAGACAGAUCUGAGGGAGACAUUGGGCAAGGCGAGGGUACACCCGAAGAGAGUGAAGGAAGAUAUCGAGGCGUAUGUGACCGUGUGCAAGGAGAUGAAAGAGAGGAUGGAGCGAGAUGAGAAAGCAGCCGUUGGCAAACCAAUCAGAGAUCUUAUUACCAUUGACCCCGUUACUGGAAUCAGAGUGAUGCCGCAUUGGCUUGCGCAACCCUAUUUCAGACCAUUACCCGAGCAGAAGAAAGCAUACGCGGCAUUGACCACGCACGAAGACGCGUCCGCGCAGAAACGGCCUCUUGAAGAACCGCGCCAGAACAAUGAUGAGGCAAAGCGCGUGCGACUCAAUGAUACAUCGACAGGUUGUGCGGUGGUAGGACAGGCAUUGGUUGUGCCUCCGCCUUUCGUUGUGACGCCGUCAACCGCUGAGGUGUCGAUAUAG